AAUUCAAUAUAGCUCCGAAAAUUAAUCAGGUUGACUUUCGAGAAGCGAAACAUGACAACUAACAUGAGACGGGGGAGUAGUUCCAAAUUGAAAGGGGUUAAGUGGUUAUUUACUGUAAUUAUUUUCAAAAUUCUGUUUAAUGAAUAUCUACGAAUCCGAAAUAUUAAAUGAGGCAGGUCACGUGGUCGUAGGUCGCUGAAAGAAUAAGAUUAUGGAAGUAUAGAAGCUUUCAUCAGAGAAUAGAAACUGCCAUUUUUAGAUCCAAUGACCUAAAAGUCAUAUUUUAAUCAGAGGAACUUCCAGAGGAUGUACACAAAACGUUGUCAAACAGUAAUCAGAGCGCACCCUAAACAAAAAACUAUUCAAACUCCAACAUAUUAAUAUAUUAAUUAUACACUAAUCUCAUUAGAAGAUUGCCUUGUCAUUUUGUUUUGAUUGCCAUAAUUCAAAAUAACAUAUAAGAGGUAGCCAACAAUAGCACAUCAUGGGAGGUGUGAAAAACAUAUCUCCAUACACACUUAACUCUUUAGUCUCGUUGAGAUCAUAAAUUUGGAUUUAAACAACUCUAUAGCCUUCACUUUGGUCCUUAAGUUGCAGUUUUUAAGGGAGAAUAUGGCCUCAAACUAUGUUACUAUGCUCUAAGUUGCUAUCCCAAUCAAAACUCUGCCCUGAGACCUUUACUUGAGAAUUACAUUGUUGAUUUGCACUGAGACUUUUACUAGAGAAACUAUGGAUAACAAAAGUGAUGUGGAAAAGCUUGAUGAAGUGAUGCUACCUGGUUUUCGAUUUCAUCCGACAGAUGAAGAGUUAGUUGGAUUCUAUCUUAAGAGAAAGAUUCAGCAGAGAUCACUUCCUAUAGAGCUCAUCAAACAAGUGGAUAUAUAUAAAUUUGAUCCAUGGGAUCUUCCAAAGGUAGCAUGUACCGGGGAAAAAGAGUGGUAUUUUUACUGUCCAAGGGACCGUAAGUACAGGAACAGCAGCCGUCCAAACCGUGUUACAGGAGCUGGUUUUUGGAAGGCCACUGGAACUGACAGACCAAUAUAUUCCUCUGAUAGCACCAAAUGUAUUGGUUUGAAGAAGUCCUUAGUCUUCUACAGAGGUAGAGCCGCUAGAGGCAUAAAGACUGACUGGAUGAUGCACGAGUUUCGCCUUCCUACAACUAAUAUUGAGUCAGCACAACCUAAGAAAUUCUUGGAUAGAAAUUUUCCACCAAAUGAUUCGUGGGCUAUCUGCAGAAUAUUCAAGAAAACCAACUCAAUGGCAAAUAGAGCUCUUUCUUACUCUUGGAUAAAUCCGGUAUCUGAAGUUGCAUCUCCGGAGGUGUUCAAUCAAAGUACAACUGUUCAUUUUGGCUCACAGAAUAUCUCUUCUUUAACUGAAACUGGAUCACUUCUCCACUUAUCCAGUAACAAUGACUUACUACAACAAGCCUCAAAUGUUCCUUCAUAUAAAACAAUUAAUACUAUGGCAUCAAGAUCAUCUUUUCUUUCAAGUCCUAGCACAGACAACUACAUGUUUUCCUCCCCUGAGGUUUCUAUGUUUUUCAACACAUCCCCCGCCUUAAUCACUGAUGACAUCAAGACCUCUGAGACUAUUGAUUUUGAAGGUCCAAAUCAACAGCUGAACAGCUUCUCAAUUAGUUCAUCACAAGAGAUGCAAAGAAGUGCAGGUAUGGAAGAUGAUGAAGCAGGGUUAAGGAGUAAUCAAGAUUCAACAAAUGAUAAUACUACUCAAUGGGAAAACAUUAGAUCAAUUGGAUUUCCUUUCAGUUUGACAACUAGUUUGGCUGAUGAAUGGAAGCCUAGUUUGAGUUGGGAUUCUCCUUCAUGUCCUAGUGAGAUAUCCACCACUUACGAUUCAACAAACAAAUGCUACACCUAGUUCUACACCCAAAAAGAGAAUCUCCUGGCUUUGUGUACAGCUAGUUCUUCUUUAUUUUCCCUAUCGGCACCGGUAUCCGAAUUAGUCUGUUUCAGAUACAGGACGCCAAAAGAAAAAAAUGGAAGAAGAAAACCUAGUCAUAGCACUCAAAAAACAGUGAUAUCCUGUUAAAAGUUAUUGUACAGCUUUAUGUUUUAUUUUCAGUCUUUUGGCUUUCUUCGAAUUUAAACAUAAUAUGUUUGGAUA